CCCGAGCGGGAAAUGCGGCGGAGCCGGGGCCGGCGGUUCAAACCCACUAAUCACUCGGCACCGUGCAAACGCCGCCCGCUCGCUCCCACCCGAAUAUCGCCGUAUGCAAAGCGCCGCCAGCGCCUCCCCGCCGCCCAUUGGCCGCCGCCGCCCGCCCCGGCCCAAUUGGCCCAGGCGUUUGAAUAUGAAUACGCAGGGCCCGGCGCCGCCGCCGCCGCCCGCAGCCCGCGCCGGCCCCGCCAGCCCCGCUCCGCUCCGCCGGCCCCGCCGCCCGGCCCCGCCGCGCUCCGCUCCGCUCCGCCGGCCCCGCUCCGCUCCGCUCCCAGCCGCGUCCGCAGAUCCCACGGCGGAGUUGGAGAAGGGCAGAGCCGGGCGCUGGGCAGUGCUGCCGCUUUGUGCCCGCCCGAAGAGGCUCCCCCCUCCUUCCCUCUCCUUUUGCGAGGGACCCCCUUCACUGGCUGCCAGAAACUCAAGGGGGAAAGUAAGUAAAUGACUUUGCUGCUCUGACCACACACCACAAGUACAUUUGUUGAAUGCCGGACUAUUAAGACACACCUCAGUAAACUCUAAAGCAACCCCUCAGCGCAUGCAUUUAAGGUUACACUGGGAGCACCAGUCCGAGCUCAGGGUGUCCCAAUCGGUUAUGGCGAGUGGUCCGGGGGGAGGGGGAAGGGGGGUCUGCAUCGGGAAAAACAAUAAAAAAAGAGAGAAAGAAAAAAAAAAAAGGCUUGGGGAAAAGAAAGGGAAGAAGGAGAAGAGACAGGAAAAAGAAAUUCCAAGAGCCACCGCGGAAAGUGGAGAGUAUGAACGCGCAAAGCAUAAAAUGAAGUCGUAGCCGCAUACACUUGACUUCUCUUGACAUGUGAAAAGUGCUAAAAGUCAAAGCUCAUCAAUAAAGUAUCUUGAAAUUGAAUAAGAGCCCUGACAACCAUUGCAUUCUUAAAUAAAGUACAAUGAGGAGACAAACGACUCUGCCAAGGAGUUUGCAUGUGAGUGAAAGGGCGCCUCAAUGGGAGCGGGAUAAUGGGCUGCUCGGCCGUCAUGCACUGUCAUCCCCUGUCCCGCCGAGAAGCUGCCACCGCUCCCUAAUAGCACAAAAUGGGCUCUUAAGAGACUGCUGCCUGUCCCUGCGCCUCUCCCUUCCCUACCCUUCCCCCGACGCCGGGGUGCCGCGGGGAGCGCCCCGCUCCGCGCCCGCUGGGGAGGCGCGGGCGGCCCGGUGCGGUGGGCGCCGUCCCCCCGGGCCUUUCUGCAGCCCGGGAGCGGCCCCGGGAGCCCAGCCCUUCCUCGGAGGAUGCGGGGAAGGGAGAGCGGCCGCCCUCCCGGCCCGGGAUGCAGCCGGCCCCACCUGCAGCAGCCAGGGGCUCUGCCGCCCUGCUCGGGCCUAGGGCAGCCUGCGGGGCUUCUUUCCUUUCGAGUUUUGCCCCGAACCGCGCCUUUUUAUAGAAACGGAGCCGAAUAUCGCGAUGGACGCACGGGAGCGUUUGGGUGUGACGGGAUUCCCCCCCGAAGGUAAGGGCAGCCCGGCCGUGGGGCUCGGGGCACCCCGAGGGGGGCUCUGCCAACGCCAGGGGCUCGGGCAAGCAUCUCCCUCACCCGGCAGCCCCAGCUCCUCUCCUCUGCCCCAAAACUUUCCAAAGUACCAUCCGUCACCGAGUUAACCUGCCCGCGGCCAGACAUCCUUCCAGGGGCGCCGAGGGAAAAUUUCAGGGAGGCAAAAGAGAAGAGGA